AUGGAAUCUGCCAUAGCUGCGGUUGCAGGUGAACUCGUCAGCCGAUUCAUCUCCUUCGCCUUUAACAGAUACUGCUCCAGCUCCAGCUCCAGCUCCAGCUAUGAAGAUGAAGGAUUGGAGGAGAGGCGGGAGAGGCUGCGGCAUCUCUUGACGAGGGUUCACACCGUCAUUGAGGAGGCAGAUGCGCGAUACAUCAGCAACUCUGGUAUGCUGAUGCAGCUCAAGAUGCUGUCGGAGGCCAUGUACCAGGGCUACCAUGCGCUGGAUACCUUGACAUUCCAGCUCCAGCACGAGGUUAGCGACUCAUCAAUCUCCUUGUGUUCUGCCACUCGUCUCAAACGUCCCCGCACAGUUCUUGCUUCGGCGAAAAAGGACAAGGUACACGCCGCAUUGGAGAAUCUGGAAACAGCUGUGGCGAACAUAUCAGAGUUCGUUGUGCUUCUGUGUGGGUGUGAUGAGCGCUUGUCCUGUAGGCCCUACGAUGCAUAUCUUUACAUCGGCAAUUUCAUGUUUGGUCGACAUGCAGAAAAGCAAAAGCUCCUCAACUUCUUACUGCAGCCUAACCCAUCAGAUGACCGUGCACCACCUCCUGUUCUGCCAAUCAUCGGCGCUCUUGCAGUUGGGAAGAAGACUUUGGUCGCCCAUGUAUGUGCUGACGAGAGGGUACGCUCCAAAUUCGCUUCCAUUCUGCAUCUGAACGGAGACAACUUCCUGACCAUCGUCGACCACGAAAAGGCCCUGGUGGGGAUGUCGUCACUUGUAGUAGUUGAGUUGGUUUCAGAUGUUGAUGACGUGAAAUGGAAUGAGUUUUAUUCAUUUGUGACAAGAGCAACUAGUACAAGAAGCAAGGUGAUCAUCAUAAGCAAGCUUGGAAGAUUAGCAAGGUUUGGGUCAGUAAGACCAAUUUUUCUUGAUGGUCUGUCAUACGAGGAGUUUUGGUACCUCUUCAAGAACCUAGCAUUUGGAAGUGCGGACCCGGCAGAGCAUCCAAGACUAGUACAUAUAGCAGAAGGAUUUGCCGAGGAAUUGCAUCAGAGUGGAUCACUUGUUACAGCAAAUGCAUUGGCUGACGUGUUGAGAAGCAACCUGAAUGCUCAAUUCUGGCUUUCGAUAUUGAACAAGUGCAGAAAAGUGAUUGAGAAGAAUCUCAUCGCUUAUGGGCAGCUCCCAAAUCUACUUUUUGAGCAAGGCCGUGAGGUGGACCUGACGGACUUCGUUUCGAGUCCUGUUAUUAAUCCCCUUCGCGUCUUACCUUGUACUAGUAGCGCUCUAGCCAAAACAGAAUUACCAAAGGCAGCGUUUGGAGAACUACUGCUAGAUCCUUCUGUUAGGCCCAAAGGAGAAUUUCGUCUAUUGACAUGGGAAUCCAGGUUACCCCCUCAUACUUCAUUUAUUCACUUCGUCCCAAAUUGCACUCAAGAUAUGCCUCAAGGACAUAGUUUAUCAGGGAGGAAGCGCCAUACAGUGCCUUUCUGA